AUGCCGAUUUCAUUAUUCGGUUUAACCUCAUUGAGAGACCUCACACUCAGUUUCGGCCUCGGCGAAUUCCCGGAUCAGUUCGGCAACCUGAAAUCCCUGAAGCGGUUGACAUUGGAGUGCCUGCACAUCACAGAUCUACCAGAUUCGAUCGGCCAGCUCACUGCAUUGACCGAGCUAAGCAUUUCCAACUGCAAGCGGCUUGAGGAUCUACCGGAUUCCAUCGGCAAUCUUCGUUCGUUACAGAAGCUGGAAAUUUUCCGCGCGAAGCCGAUGGAAGUUCUCCCUGACAGCAUCGGACAGCUUCAAAACCUCGAAGAUGUUCUUCUCUACCACAACCGGUCCCUCUGCGAGCUGCCGGAUCCCUUCUUCCAUCUUCCGUCUCUCAAGGUUCUCAAGCUGUGGGAAUUGAAAGAUCUUCCGGAGCUCGAUGGCGCUGUGCGGCCGCAUUUCCGCCAUUGCCCUAAUUCACGCCUCAGCGCAGGCCGGGAACCAACCUUGCGCCCACCCCUCCACUUCCGCCACUUCCCCUUCCGCCGCUUCCUCCGCUUUCCUCGAAGCCCUCCCCAGACGCUCCGCGCUCGCGGGCGGACUCCUCGCCUUGGCUUCCGCCACCCUCUCCCCGUAUCUCCCGCUACCCACCCUCUCUCCCCCCCCGUCGCGCACGCCGCCGCGGACGCCGCCGCAACGGCGGAAGCCGCAGCCGCCGCGGGCGGAAGCGACCUGCUGAAAGGGCUCCGAUCCGCGUUCGAUUCGGAGGAGCUCACAGCGAGCGGGCGGCGGCUUCCGAAGGCGUACGUGCAGAGCGUGACGGCGCUCAUCAGCAGCCUGCGCGACGCGCUGGGCGCGGAGGAGGGCGACCGGGGGGAGUUCCGGCGCAAGGCGGAGGUGGCUAAGGGCGCGAUCCGCGCGUCGUCUCACUCUAUCCCCCUCGUCUGCACCUCAUUGCCCUCUUCCCCACUUUCCUCCCUCUCCUCCCUCUCCCCACUUUCCUCCCUCUCCUCCCUCUCCCCACUUUCCUCCCUCUCCUCCCUCUCCCCACUUUCCUCCCUCUCCUCCCUCUCCCCACUUUCCUCCCUCUCCUCCCUCUCCCCACUUUCCUCCCUCUCCUCCCUCUCCCCACUUUCCUCCCUCUCCUCCCUCUCCCCACUUUCCUCCCUCUCCUCCCUCUCCCCACUUUCCUCCCUCUCCUCCCUCUCCCCACUUUCCUCCCUCUCCUCCCUCUCCCCACUUUCCUCCCUCUCCUCCCUCUUCCCACUUUCCUCCCUCUCCUCCCUCUCCCCACUUUCCUCCCUCUCCUCCCUCUCCCCACUUUCCUCCCUCUCCUCCCGCUCCUCCCUCUCCCCACUUUCCUCCCUCUCCUCCCGCUCCUCCCUCUCCCCACUACCCACUACAUCACCUCCUCUUUUUGACUCUGCUCUCACAAUGCUCUCCUGCUUCUUCAUGCCUGUUCCCCUUUCACAUUCUCUCCCUGCCCUGUUCCUGCUUCUAUGUUCCCCUUUCACAUUCUCUCCCUGCCCUGUUCCUGCUUCUAUGUUCCCCUUUCACAUUCUCUCCUUGCCCUGUUCCUGCUUCUAUGUUCCCCUUUCACAUUCUCUCCCUGCCCUGUUCCUGCUUCUAUGUUCCCCUUUCACAUUCUCUCCCUGCCCUGUUCCUGCUUCUAUGUUCCCCUUUCACAUUCUCUCCCUGCCCUGUUCCUGCUUCUAUGUUCCCCUUUCACAUUCUCUCCCUGCCCUGUUCCUCCUUUUAUGUUCCCCUUUCACGUUCUCUCCCUGCCCUGUUCCUGCUUCUAUGUUCCCCUUUCACAUUCUCUCCCUGCCCUAUUCCUGCUUCUAUGUUCCCCUUUCACGUUCUCUCCCUGCCCUGUUCCUGCUUCUAUGUUCCCCUUUCACAUUCUCUCCUUGCCCUGUUCCUGCUUCUAUGUUCCCCUUUCACAUUCUCUCCCUGCCCUGUUCCUGCUUCUAUGUUCCCCUUUCACAUUCUCUCCCUGCCCUGCCCUGUUCCUGCGUCUAUGUUCCCCUUUCACAUUCUCUCCCUGCCCUGUUCCUGCUUCUAUGUUCCCCUUUCACAUUCUCUCCCUGCCCUGUUCCUGCUUCUAUGUUCCCCUUUCACAUUCUCUCCCUGCCCUGUUCCUGCUUCUAUGUUCCCCUUUCACAUUCUCUCCCUGCCCUGUUCCUGCUUCUAUGUUCCCCUUUCACAUUCUCUCCCUGCCCUGUUCCUGCUUCUAUGUUCCCCUUUCACAUUCUCUCCCUGCCCUGUUCCUGCUUCUAUGUUCCCCUUUCACAUUCUCUCCCUGCCCUGUUCCUGCUUCUAUGUUCCCCUUUCACAUUCUCUCCCUGCCCUGUUCCUGCUUCUAUGUUCCCCUUUCACAUUCUCUCCCUGCCCUGUUCCUGCUUCUAUGUUCCCCUUUCACAUUCUCUCCUUGCCCUGUUCCUGCUUCUAUGUUCCCCUUUCACAUUCUCUCCCUGCCCUGUUCCUGCUUCUAUGUUCCCCUUUCACAUUCUCUCCCUGCCCUGUUCCUGCUUCUAUGUGCCCACUGGAGUGGACUCAUCGCCAAGCCGUCUCCUUAUGACACAUUUCCUCCCUACCCUCCUCCCUUUUCUCCUCCCUCCCCUCCUUUCUCCUCUUCCAUCAGACCAUCACCUCCUCUCUCGACCCUGUUAUCGUCACCUCCUCUCUUAA